AUGGCUUCAAAACUAGCACCCAAAAGAGCUGCAGGUGGGACAGAUGUAAGUGAUGGAAAUUCAGUUGUAUCUAAAACUAUUCCAAAAGGUAGAUGGAAUGACAUAAAGACUGAAUCGCUACUAAAGAUAUGUGUUGAGGAGGUUCAAGCUGGUAAUAGGCCACACACCCACUUCACAAAAGAAGGUUGGAAAAAUAUCGUGGCAAAGUUUUAUUUGAGAACAGGGGUGAGUUAUAACUACAAGCAAUUAAAAAAUAAAUGGGACAUACUGAAGAAAGAAUUCUCCAUGUGGGCAAAGCUAGUGGAGCACCAGACUAGCCUUGGAUGGGACCCUAUUAAGAGGACAAUUGUGGAAAACCCAGAAUAUUUGAAAUGGCGAAAUGAGGGUCCAAAAUUCCUAGACAUGAUGGAGAUUUGCUUCAAAGAUGUGGUGGCGAUAGGGUACAUGGCAUUGGUCCCAUAUGCAGACCCAUCUACUGACAAUGAAGUUUCUAACGAUGAUGUUCACAAUGAGAUGAAUGAAAGAGAAACCGAUGCAGACAACUUUCAUGUUGAUGGUGCAACUCCUGAACAAUGUAAUGAUACCCCAAGGGCUGAAACUAGCACAGCACAAGAUAAGAAGAGACGAAAAACUACACGAAAAGAAAGAAAAAGUGCAACGGACAAAUUACAAGAAUUAUUUGAUCGUCUUAUCUCUGGGAUGGAUAAUAUGUCCCGUUCAACUACUUCAAAAGCUGAAGACGAGGAUCCCUACAGUAUUGGCAAAUGUGUGGAUUUGUUGGACAUGAUGCCGGGGAUUGAAUGA